AUGAUAAACUCAUUCAACUUUCAUCCAGAAUUCUGGAGGGGCCUCUUUCUCGGUCUUUUUGGCAGCUUACUGGCCGUCUUCUCUAUAGUCGCUCUGGUUGCUCUCAAGUUCUUACAAAAUGGCGUGUACGACAACGACCACUGGAAGCUCAACGUCAAGGUGCCGUCUACUACAAUGUGGAUGAAUAUGGGCUAUUGGACCGGUGACGAUGGUCAGCGCAUCCGGGACUUCCAGCAGGCCUGCCGUGCUCUUUUGCACCAAGUGCUCGCCGAAGCAGGCGUCUUGAGAGGCGAGCAUCCGACACGCAGACUGGCCGUCCUCGACCUUGGAAUCGGCUGCGGCGACCAGUCGCUGGAACUCGCUCGCCUCGUCCGCCAGAGCAGCUGGGACGAGUACCGCUACGUGGGGCUCACCCUGAACCCGUCGCAGUUCCGCAUAGCCCUCGAAAAGCCAUUCCGCGCCUCCCAAGAACCCGGGGGCCCUGAUGAGUCCAUACAAGUCUUCCAGGCUGACGCGGCGAGACCGGACACGUGGGGCCCCGGCGUCAAGUCGGCCACGACGUCCCUGACGGACGCGCGCCCCGGGGGCCAGGCGCGCUGGGUGCUCGCCCUGGACAGCCUAUACCACUUCUUCCCCGACAGGAGGCGGAUACUCGAGUAUGCGGCUCGAGAGUUCGACGCUUCAUUCAUGGCAUUCGACCUGCUUCUGAGCGACACGGCGUCGGGCCGGCAGAAGUUGUUGGUCAAACUCCUCGGCCUCGCGAUGGGUUGCCCCGUGGGUGCGUUUGUCACAGAGACCGAGUAUAAGAAGCAGCUGGACGAGGCCGGCUAUGACGGGAGACACGUUCGUUUCCGGGACGUCACGGAUGACGUCUUUUCCGGCCUCGUCGACCACAUCAGGGCCCAGGAGGAAGCACUGCGGCCGUUCGGAAUCUCGAUGGCAAAGUUCAAGGUUGCCGGCAAGUUCUUCGACUGGUUCGCCAAAUCAAAUGUGUUAAGGGCUACCGUUGUAGUCGCCCAGAGGAAGCCCAAGAGACUCUGA